CUGCUGGAUGAAGAGCUGGAGAUGGAGUGAGAAGCGCGGCGAAUAUUAACGCACGAAGCUGAAGGAGGAGUUCAGAAAGUGACCUUUACUCACACUCAUACUACAGGACCAGAGCAGUUUGCUAGAAGAGCUGAAGAGAGAACAUCAUGGGGCGGAAGAAAAUACAGAUCUCCCGUAUUCUUGACCAGCGAAAUCGCCAGGUGACGUUCACCAAGCGCAAGUUCGGCCUGAUGAAAAAGGCCUACGAGCUGAGUGUGCUGUGCGACUGCGAGAUCGCCCUCAUCAUCUUCAACAGCACCAACCGUCUCUUCCAGUACGCCAGCACCGAUAUGGACAAGGUUCUGCUGAAGUACACAGAGUACAGCGAGCCUCACGAGAGCCGCACCAACACCGACAUACUGGAGACCUUGCGUAGGAAAGGGCUGGGCCUGGAUGGAGCUGAGAUCGAUCAUGAGGACGGCAUGCAGGCAGGAGUGGAGAAGUGUCUGAUGAACGAGGGCAUGGACCUCUCCAUUGCUCGACAGCGUUACUAUGCUCCAUCUCUUCUUCCCUCUGAUGCUCAGCUGCUGAUGGGCGUUGGGUGUGAGAACGGUUACCCGAGCACCUCAAAUCCCAGCCUGACCCCAAACCGCCCUUCGUCCUUCAAACCACUCAGUUCCAGACCUGGCUCUACCGGCCCCGCCGGACCCAACACGCACACUGCGCUCAUGGGCCCGCAUGCAGGCAUUGGCUACCCGAUGUUCUCCCACGGCAACCUGAGCAGAGCUCUGGAGAUGAAGACCCCACCCCCGCUGGGCCUGGCCAGCGAUGGACGGCGUGUGGAGACACACCCGGGUCUGACCGGAGCACGGACCAAUCUGAGCAAUGCUGUGAGAAAUUCUAGAAAAAGAGCGCUGUAUCAGAGUAUAAAUCCUGGAGGCCACAUGGUGGCCAUGGGGAAGGCCGGCUUGCUUGGACACAACCUAGGGAGUUAUGGGACCUCAGAUUACUGCCACCCGGGGUACACGAUGGGUUUUCAGCGCAGCUCAGUAAACACCUGGCAGCCUCACAGCCACCAGGAGCCACAACAAUCAGGGAUGUCGUCCAGCGCUGGCUGCUCUUAUCCCUCCCACCGCUCCUCCCCCUCCUCCCCACCUCACUCCUCUCUCAACCUGAGCAUCAAAUCAGAGCGGCCUUCUCCCGAACACAUCCGCUCCCCAGCCACGCCCCCCAGCCUUCAGAUACUACAGCACUCACCAAUGGGGGACCGUGAUGCCCAUCCAGAACCGUACACAGCUGUGGACAGGGAAGACUUUCAGAAAGGGAGCUACACGGCCCAGCCUAGAACAUCCCACAGCUCUGCGGAGGAGAAGCAGCUGGACAUGAGUGAUGCAUGGCAGAGAUAACUGAUGGCCCUGAAUCCCUAUUCAUACAGCUCUGCAUACACUAGCCCAAAGUGGACCCAAAAUUCAGCUACUUUCAGUCACAGUACCUCUUAAAGCAACAGCCAAAUAUCACAUCAGAAUGUUGUCCUUACUCCAAAUAUAGUCCAUCAGCCAUGACAGGUGUCUGAAGUUUGCUGCUUUAGUUUUGAGCCAGAGCUACUGACCUGUUAGCCCCACGACACAGAUGGAGAAGCGGCUUAGAUGUGUGCGUGUGUGUGUGUGUGUGUGUGUGUGUGUGUGUGUGUGUGUGUGUGUGUGUGACCUGUUAGCAUCGUGCAUAAUGAAUGGCUGCUAAUAAAUAUAAUCUUAAAAAUAAGAAAUUAUCUUAAAUAUAGUUACUUUUGAGGUUUAUGAGAGGGUUCCAUAUACUCAAGAGCAUCUCACAUAGCUGCCCAUAUGGAAAAAAUAUAUGAACAUAUCGCUGCUGUCGGAAGAAAACCUCGUAUCUCCAUUUCUGUUUUUCAGUUUUUGACACAAUUUGAAAAUGCCUGUGGUCCUUUACAUUGUGUGUAA